AGAAAUGUCAAUCUCCGACAUCAUCGAUCGCCUAAUGAGCAGAUGGGACCGACAGAACCCGCCGAGCCAAAAGUUUCAGUGCUGGAAUGAUUUGAUCAAACUCGAUAUAAUCCCCUGAGAUUAAAAAUGACAGAUUACGUCGAGGAGCAAAGGAAUGAACUUGAAGCCAUAGAAUCAAUCUAUCCCGACUCCUUUACAGUGCUGUCAGAAGAACCCACCAGCUUCACGAUCACAGUGACGUCAGACGCAGGAGAAAACGGGGAAACUGUUGAGGCAACUUUAAAGUUUACAUAUGUAUCAGAAUACCCGGAUGAGCCCCCACUGUGGGAGAUCUACUCUCAAGAAAACCUGGAAGAUGGCGACCUGGAGAACAUUCUCACCCUGUUGAAGCAGCAGGCUGAAGAAAACCUGGGUAUGGUGAUGAUUUUCACCCUGGUGACAGCUGUUCAGGAGAAACUUAAUGAAAUUGUGGAUGCAAUGAAAAACAGACAAGAAGAGGAAAAACUCCGGAAAGAAAAAGAGGCAGAGGAAGCAGAAAAGGUGAAGUUCCAGGGUACAGUGGUAACAAUUGAAAACUUCCUGGCAUGGAAAGCAAAGUUUGAGCUGGAGAUGGCUGAGUUCAGACGAAAAAAACAGAAAGAGGAAGAGCAGGCUGGAAAACCCCGACUCACUGGUAAACAGCUGUUUGAGAGAGAUCAUAACCUCGACACAUCAGACAUUCAGUUCCUAGAAGAUGCUGGAAACAAUGUAGAAGUGGACGAGUCCCUGUUCCAGGACAUUGAGGACUUGGAUUUGGAUGAAGAGGAUCCAAACUUUGACCCGUUAGACAUGGACAGUGAUGAUGACUAAAGCUGGACAAAACAACACAGUUAAAACCCCCAGCAGACCACCGCUUCACUCAUAGUUCCACCCAAUUGUGGCAUUUCUGAAGACUCUUGGAGAAAAUAGAAAAAAAAUCUCAGUUUACUACAACAGAAGAUGUUAAAAAAAAUAAACUAAUUGAAAUUUCCAAAAUAAA